AUUACUAAACAAAGAAGAAGGCAGAAGUUGCCUAUUUAAAGUCGACUAGUACAGGCACGUAAGCGCGCAGUUCUAUCACCAACUUCUCAAGUUAAAGACCUUCCAGAAUUUGCGGUCAAAACUUUGCAAUACUCAACAGCCAUGAACACUAAGAUAAUGAUGAUGCUUGUCCUGGCUUCGAUUUUGGUUGGAACUUCCUUUAGCGCACCUCAGUUUCUCGGACGCCCCGGAGGAUUUAGACGACCGGGAUUCGGAGGACCUGGUUUCGGGGGAGCUAAUGCUGCAGGAUUCGGAAACGGAUUUGUUCAAAAUAACCAAGCAGUCGGAACAGGAACCGGAAUUGCAAACGCAGGGCCAGGUGGAUUUGGUAUCGGUCUCGGAGUAGGUGCUGGUGUAGCAACUCCGAUCGGUAAUUUUGCUUUCGGAGACGGACAGAGUAUUUCGGCUGGGAAAUAAACGCAUGAAG